CUUAAAUUCUGUCGUUCGAGUUUGUGAAGCGAAUUUAUAAUUAAGCAACAGGGAACGACCAGAAAGCAAACGCAACCGCGCCCUGGAAUUGUUUUUAAUUUAAUCUUGAAGACAACCAAGUUUCUAAGACAUAAAGCAUACAUAAAUGGUUUCUACUUUCAUUGGCCUAUUGGACAUACAAUCAUGGUGGGAGAUACCGUGUAUUUCGCAUUUCUGUUCAUUGUUUAGUUCCGCCUUCGAUUUGCCAGACAUUGAUAUUGAGGACCUCGAAUCGGCGCUGCUCUCCGAUGGUACCAGCGAUGAGGAUCAAGUUGCCUUAGUGCCCGAAUUGAUUGUACGCCUUUUAACCGGCUGCGAUGCGCUACAGUCGGUAGCCAAUGAGAUUACACAUAGCAAUUAUCAAAUGUUUUUGCGCCGAUUCCUGCGCCAACAGUGUCGCCUGCAUCAGACAGAGAAUCACUUUGAUACGGACAUAGAUUUUCAAUCGCUGCCCGUUCGCAAGCGCCUACAAAUUCUACACGAUUUAUGUCACUUUCGCCUGGACUCUGUCGAUGUGCAGGUCAUACUCAGUAAUCUAGAGGCGGACAGUUUGCGCGUUGAGCCGCUCGGCUACGACGCUAAAAACUCGGGAUAUUGGUAUUUCUACGGUACGCGACUCUAUCGCGAGGAUAAGCCAACGGCCAAUACAGCUUCCGGUUCAGGCAAAGCAUCCACAGCUGCAGCAGCAGCUGGAGGAUCCAUUGGCUCCAGUGGAAAUACAGCUUUGGGCAGCAGCAGCACUGUCUGGCAGGUGAUUUGCUUCACCGAAGAGGACUGGCAGAAUUUGGCGGCCAAAUUUAAGACCUCAACGAAUGGUAAAGAACGUGAACUCUUCCAAAUACUGGAUGAGAACUUUCUGCCCAAGCUGCCACAGCUGUUUCGUGAACGUGAACGUUUGAGACGCCGAAAAUUGCUGCAAGUGCGCAACUCGAGUCGCAUACGUAAUCUAGCCGAGUUGAAGGCGCGCCAGGAAGAGGAGUUGAAGGCGCGCCAAGAGGAGGAGCGUAAGCGUGAGCGGGAGCGGGAGCGAGAACGUGAACGUGAACGUCGCGAACGACAAUAUUCAGCGAGUUUGGCACCGCCAGCGGUGCAGCAACGCUCACGCAGACGUUCUCAGUCGACGUCAACAGCUAGUGGUAUUUCAACUUACGCAAGCUCCCUCAGACGUACAACAACAACUAAUUCGAGCGAAUUUCUGUGCCACAGGGAAACCUUUUGCUUGUCGCCCGAAGAGGAUGACCAGAACGACGACGAGGAGUCGACACAAGAGCAGCCGCCGCAGCCACAGCAGCAACAGGAAACACAACAACAACAGCAGCAACAGCAUCAACAACUAGCGCAAGAAAAACAGCAACAACUCGAGCAGCAACAACAACAGCCACUUGAAGAUCAACAACAGCUCGAGCCGCAUCAGCAUUUGGGCUCUGUAAAGGCAGCUGGCGAUAAGUUUCGUACGCCGCCACCGCCGCCGCGAGAGAAAACGCAAUCGCCAGCGAAAUUCAAGAACAAGGGCCAUCAUCAUCAUCACCAUCAUCAUCACCACAAGAAGAAGAAGUCAGGCAAGAAGCAAAAGAAACGCUCUCGCGAGCGUCGCGAUCGUGACAGAGAUCGUGGUGAACGGGAUCAACAGCAUUAUCAUCAUCAUCGGCGGCGACACAAGCAUGCGUCUGAGACAGACGACGACGACACGAACAACAACAACCACAGCAACAACAAYAAUAGCAAUAGCAACAACAGCAAUAGCAACAGCAGCAGCAGCAACAACCCAACAGGUGGACGGAACCACAAGCGACGCCAUAGUCGCCAACAUCAACAGCAGCAGCUGCAACCACAACAUCAGCUGUCGCCAGAGAGUCCAGAGACUCCCUCAUUGAGUCCGGAGGAUAAGGAGAACUUUUGCCGUCAGCUGCAAUUGCUGGAUACAAACUCGGCGGCCAUAGCGGUCGCCACMAGCAUUGCGAAUCUAAGCYUGCCCUCGCCCGUCGCGCAUGACAGYGAGGAGCAGCAGCCCCAGCAGCCAGAGCCAACACAGCCCGCACCGCCGCCAGUGCCAGCUGUCAAGCGGGAGGAGCAGAUGGCGCCAGCGGCCAAUGUCAAGUUGCCCGGCCGGCAAACAAACAACUCCCUCAGCUCCCUAACGGGCAACAUAUUUAUACCAACGGGCACACAACAACAACAGCAGCAACAACAUAGUAGCAGCAUCAGCAACAACAACAACAACUCCACCUCUUCCUCUGGCGAGACGACGGCACGCUCCAAGAAACAAAAGGCCGCAGCUGGCGCCAGCUCUGGCAGCUCCUCCAAAGCGGAACGUAAAUCGGAGGCGUCAUCGAAAAGCAAAAAGUCAACAGCAACGGGAGCGCCAUCGUCGGCUGCCUCCACUGCCUCCUCAUCCAGCAAGGCAGAACGCAUUAGCAACGCCUACUCUGACAAGAGUGCCGAUGACCAUGUAAAUAGUACCAACCGUAGCAACAGCAGCUUUAACAACAACAACAACAACCACCAUAAGCACGCGUCGCACCACAAUCACAACAACAACAAUCACAACCACUCAACGUCGGAAGCAGCAAAUGCAGCAAAAAUAACAACAACGCCGCACGGAGCCCAAACAUCAUCACACAACACCACCAACCACACGCACCACACCAACUCCACCCACCAUUCACAUAGUCAUAUUAACAGUAAUAAACAUAAAUCUCAUUCCUCGACAUCAAACACCACACAACAACCACACAUAACAAAUGUAACCAGACCCAUAACCCAUCAUCUAACAAACCACACCAACACCACCUCCACAACAACAACAUCAACCACAUCAUCAGCGAAAGCAAACAACAAUUCAACGUACAACUCCUCAAAUCAUGCGAAUAUUCUUAGCUUUACCGAAACGGAGGAGGUGCUACAAAUCGGAAUGCAUAAGGUGCUUGUCUAUGUGAAAAAUCAUCGGGAUGCAUGGCCCUUCAUGGAUCCCGUUGAAGAGGAUAUCGCACCGCGAUAUUACUCAAUUAUCAGAAGACCCAUGGACCUGCUCAAGAUGGAGGACAAACUGGACAGUGGGAAGUAUCACAAGUUCAGCGAAUUUCGCAACGAUUUUCGCUUGAUUGUCAACAACUGUAGACUGUACAAUGGUCACAACAAUGAGUACACGGAAAUGGUCAACAAUCUGCAGGAUGCCUUYGAUAAGGCGACCAAGAAAUAUUUCGAUAAUCUCUCCGAAGACGACGAUGAUGAUCCGAAUUUAAGUUAUCCCGCCGCUGAUUCUAAAAUGAACGUAUUCCGCGAGAAGUACUUCAGCAAAAAAGCGAAAGGUGACGAGGGAAAGGAAUCCUCAGCGAACUCGACGUCGAGUAAACGUAUACAGGACACAAGUGCGGAAGAGGAGGAGCACAGUGAAACGGAGGAGCCUGCCGCGGAGCUGACAACACACGCGCAAAAACGUAAGCGCAAGGAGAAGGAUAAACGGCGUAAGAAGAAAACCAAAACAAAACCAGAAAGGGACAUGAGUCACAAUGAAGAUGUGGAAACGGAUGAGGAGGAUUUGCAACCGGAGCCGCCACCACCGCCGCCUGUAAUCAAGAAGAGCAAGAGUAAUAAAGUACUUAAGGAAAAAGACAAAGACAAGGAUAAGGACAGGGAAAGGGACACAGAGCUGGCCACGUCGAGCAAACGUGGACGCAAAACUAAAGGCAGCAAAUCCUCGCAGUCAACGUCGGCCACCAGUUCCUCGAAGCCCACUACCAAAACACAAAAGACCAAAAAAGCGGGUAAAAAGUCAACGCCCGAAACGGAAACGGAGUCGGAAGAAAGUGAUCCAGCACCCACUGAACCCGAGUCGAGCGACGAUGAAGAAGUGGCUCUGGCCAAAGUCAAAUCGCUGGUGAAGCCCACAGCGCGCACGAUAGCCGCGCAAAAGAAGAAAAUGGUGCCCGCCGAGUCGAAGGUGAAGACACCAACGCCUGUGAAGCGUCAGCCAAAGAGCAAGAAAGGAGGUCGAGGUCGUGGCAAAGGCGAGCGGGAGCUGGAUGACCUGGACGACGACAGUCCAUUGUUUGAUAAGAAGCAAUUGCCACCAACAGCUGCCGCAGCGCUAGCCGAAUCUGCUGCAGAGCUGGARGAGGACGAUGACGAACGCGACGACGACGACAAUGCGGAUGCAGACGAUGAUGAUGACGACGACGACGACGUCUCACGGUCGCGCAGCAUGUCGCCCUUCAAGGUGGAUCUGCACAAGAAAUACUCCAAGAGCGCGCUCAACGAUGAUCUCUCCGAGCUGCUGACUACGGUCAAAAAGGUGACCAGCGUCGAAACCUCCAAGCUGAGCGCACGUCACGAGGUUGACAAUUCCGAUCAGGACUCGGAAUCCGAUUUCAUGUCGUUGGCCAGCUGCAACAGUAGCUCCGAUGAGCGGCGACGUCGACCCUCGCCAGUGGCCACCAAGCGGGGUAAGAAGUCAGAGGUGAAAAAGGAGAAAGAGAAGGAAAAGGAAAAGGACAAGGACAAGGACAAGGACAAGAAAAGCACGCAACACAAAGAAAAGGACAAGGAUAAGCAUAAGGAUAAGGACAAGUCGCGCAGUGCCAAGCACAAGAAGAGCUCAGCAGAGGCAGCGGCUGCAGCAGCCGCAGCCGCCGAGCAGGCGGAACUGGAGAUGCUGCUGCCCUUCAUGGACAAAUACGAUGUGAUCAAGUAUCGACGCAGCCGCGCAGCUCAAAGCAAUUCCAGUGCAUCCAAUUCUCUAGCGCCCUCCGAGGACUCCAAAUCGACGAGCAUCAAAAGCAAUUCCAACUCCAAGAAGAAGCGUGAAAAUACAACUGAGGCGCCAGCGGAGCACAAACGUGGUCGCAAAAGCAAAGAGCCAAAGCAUGCUAAGGACUCCAGCAGCAGCGUGGAGAAGUCGAUUAAGCUGGAAAAGCCUGAGAAGGAGAAGGAGAAAGAGAAGGAAGAGAAGCCCGUGGAAAAACAGCCCAAGAAAGCAGAGACACCAAAAAACGUUGACAAGCCGCUGCUGCGGGAUUUGACGCCGCCACCACCGGCGCUGCCUAAAACGUCAACGCCUCCGCUGCCAGCUGUUAAAACAGAGCCGGCUGGCAAAGAUGUAGCCAAGUCGGUUAGCAGCAAUAGUGCGAGCAAUGCCAAGACUAAAGAUUCCAGCACCAAAGCAAGCAGCAAAAAGCGAGCGGACAAGCAAAUGCCACCGCCGCCAAAGCCAGCGGAGAAGUCAGCUGAAAAGGGCAAUAAGAAGCUGACGGGCAAACGAGCAGCUGCAGCGGCUCAGAAAGCCACGGCCAACAGCAAUGCGAAUCUGGAGGCGCUGGAUGUGGAGACGGAGCAAACGCUAAAGGACAUCAAUCGUUGGCUGGAGCACACGCCGCGCUUCUCGGAGUUUAGCUCUGCGAGCAAUUCGCCGUCGCGCUACAAUCUGCUGGAUGACUUCGACUCCAGCAUUGGCACCAAGCUGGAUGCGGCCGACUUUAGGCGGCCCGUUGCUCUGGCUGCGCCCAAGGCGGAGCUGGUGCCCACCAAGCUGGCCGAAGCGCUCAACGAGUUGGUCAGCGAAACCGCGCCCAAGCAAAGCAUAAAAGCCGAAUCCGAUGUGCUUCCCACAGCGAGCAGCGUGAGCAGCAGCUGCGGCACACCGCCGCAUUCAAUGCACUCGGGCAACUCCAUUGGCAGCACCUCAGCAACAGCUGCCAGCUCUACCUCGGCGUCGUCCCAUAACUCCUCAGCUACAGCGCCACAAACGGCUGCAGCAGCAUCCGUUCCACCCACAACCGGACCAGCCGUAGCCGCAUCAGCUGCAGCAAUAGCAUCGCCUACGCCACCGAAGCCCGCCAGGGAGCCGAGCAGCACGCAGCUGCUUCUGAAUCCGCCACCGCCGCCGCACAUUAAGCAACAGAUGGCCAAGGAGGCGAAACGCAAAUCGCUCAAAGAGAAGCAGGCGGCUACGGCGCAGGCGCAGCAGGCCAAGGCCAAGGCGAAUGUGAUGCGGACCAUUGAGAGGCUGCAGCCGGGCAAGGCCAAGGGAAAUCUCAUACAGAACGUGGCCAAGACGGAGGAGUUGGAAACCCUGCUCAGUCCUGUUGUUAACAAGACAAAAGAUGCGAAAAAUGCGCUUACCACGGAGAGCAGCGAUGGAGCACCAAAGCUUAGCCUAGGCACGGUGAUCACGACCCAAGACUUCGCGCUGGGGAAAACUCUCGAGGAGCUGGCAAAUAAGAAGGAGCACGAACAGUCGCCCAAAGAGAUCAGUGGCAUCGGCAGUCCGGAGGAGUCAACAUCAGCUACAACGCCCACCAAGGAGCCGCCGAAGCCUUUCGAGGCGCUGCUCGAGCUGAGCAAAGUCAGCGAAUUGGCUUCCAAAGCCGCCUCAGCCGAGGCCAAGGAGAAGCCAAAUUUAAGUGCGUGGCUCAAGGCCUUUGGCGGUCCGAAGGUCAACAAGAAAUCCAGCGAGGAUGAGAAACAGCAAACGUCGUUGUCGCUCACGCAGGAUGACGCCCGGGUGGCGCCUCCGGCUCACUCGCCAGCUGCUGGCGAUGCGAGCAACAACUUCUCGCUGCCUGUUGUGAUGCGACAGCGCAAGCCCAGCACGGGCAGCACCAAUUCGGAGCGCAGCUCCUUCAGUCAGGACCCGGAUUCGCCGCGCAUAGCCAUCGACGAGCGUUAUGGCUCCUAUGCGGCUGGCUCGUAUACAUCGCCUAUUUGCGCCUCGCCCAUUGGUGCCUCGCCCAUCAUGGUGUCUCCGAAGCCGAAUGAUGACAUGGGCAAGCCAGCAUCUCCAUACACACUCAACGGAGCCAUUAAGGUGGGCUUCUAUCAGGACACCACGACCAAGAGUAGUCCGGAUAAGAGCUGCAGUCCGCGAGAGAUGAAUUCGCCGUAUCCGCAAUACUCGCAGCAUAUUUAUUCGUCGGCAUCCUCACCAAAUGUCUCGACGCCUGAGCUGAGCGGCACUUCGCCCUAUGGCGGUGGCAAUAGCUAUAAUCCGUCUGGCUCGGAGGCAUCCAAGACACCAGCCUACUCCUCCACAUCGCCGUUGCCCAUCUACGACCAAUACAAACAGCCGCGAUCGCAGGAGUCUGAUUAUAACUCUUCAAUGAGUCCCAGCACACCCAAUCCGCAUUCACCCUAUCAGCAGCCACAGAGUUCGCCCUACACCACACCCCACUCCACGCAGCCUUCCCCUUACCAUGGCCAGUCGCCCUACCAUCAGCCUCAGUCGCAGUCGCAGCAGCAGCAGCAGCCGGCGCAACAGCAGUCACAACAACAACAGCAACAGCAGCAGCCCUCACACAGUCCCAAUCCGCAGCAGCAACAGGCGCUUAGUCCAAUGCCCAGCGUGGACUCGCCCGCCUCCUCGGCUGCUACACAGCCACCCACGCCACUGGCCCAAUCACCGGCCGAGCAGCAACAUUCGCCUUAUCAACAGCCCGUGUUGUCGCCCUAUCAGCAACAGGUGGCGCCACCGGUGCCCCCAGUGGUGCAACCGCCCGUACCAGCGUCAGUAGCACCCGCUGCGGUGCCUUUACCAGCAACAAUGAGCAACAGCGGCUAUGGACCGACCCACGAAAACUAUCAGCAACAACAGCAGCAGCAGCAGCAGCAGCAGCAACACUCUAUAUACAAUCCCGCAACGCUGAUCAAUCCGCUGCCUGCUGCGCCCACAGCCACGCCCGUGUCCAAGCCGAACAACAAUGAUUGGAGCCUGGGCCACAGUCUGCUGCCGCCUAACCUGACGGGGAAUCAGGUCUCACAACAGCAGCAGCAGCAGCAGCAACACCAGACACAACAGCAGCAACAUCAGGCUUUGGCUCAUCAGCAACAGCAGCAACAGCAGCAGAUGCAUAGCAUGAAGCCUAAAUAUCCAACAUAUGCACAAUACCAAUCGACAAACGCGGCAGCCAAUGCAGCGGCAGCAGCGGAUGUUGUUGACAAUCAACAGCAACAGCAGCAGCAGCAACAACAGCAGAAAAUUGUGCCGCCUAGCUAUAGCAGUGAUAUGGCCACAUUUAUGCAGCAUCAGAUGCAGCAGCCUGCAAAAACAGAGACGCUAAUUAAUCCAUUAAAGCGGCCUAAUGAGGAUUACAGAGAUGUUGCUGGAAGCAAGCUGGCCAAGUUGGAGGAGAAUCAUCAGCAACAAAUGCAUACAACACAGCAGCAACAACAGCAGCAGCAGCAGCAGCAGCAACAGCAGCAGCAACAACAGCAGCAACAACAGCAGCAACAACAACAGCAAUCGCAACCACAAACAUUGCUCAACAAGCAACAGCAAAUGUUCAAUAGUUUUCUGGGCUCUAUGACCUUUGGCAAGCAGCUGGGCACCAUAGCGCCGGACAAGGCAUUUGAAAUGUACAAUCGUGCGGCGGCAAUGGGUUUUCCCAAGGAUUUUGCCAAAGACAACAGCGCCUGCAACAUGCAACAGCCGCCGCAGCCGCAGCCGCAGCAGCAACAGCAGCAACAGCAACAACAGCAACAGCAGCAAGCGCACAACGCAUAUCAGCAACAAGCGCAGCAGCUGAAUCACAACUAUGCACCAGCAACAUCUGCUGCUGCUGCUGYAGCUGCAGCGCAGCAACCCACAACUGGUAAGAGCACGUCAACAGCACAAUCUGCAGCUACAACCAACAGCGACAACAGCAACAUGUUGCACUUGUCCGCAACUGCACAUCAGCAUCAUCUCAGCCAGACGCAUCAUUUGGCUGCCUACAACAAGCCGACACCUCCACAAACCUACAACAAUCCGCUGAUGCACACGCUGGCCGAGUCCAUGCUCGGCUAUCCCGUCAACUACUUUGACAAGAAUAUGCCGCCAGCAGCACAUAUGUAUAGCGCAUCGAGUGCUGCCACUGCGUAUGGCAAUCCCGCCCAGCAGUUGCCUGGCAACUAUGUGCCCGGCAGCAACAGUGCCUCACAGCCCACGCCACAACAACAGCAGCAGCAGCAACAACAACAACAACAGCAGCAACAACAACAACAACAGCAACAGCAGCAGCAGCAGCAACAACAACAGCAGCAGCAUCAUCAGCAACAACAGCAGGCUGCAGCAGCAGCAGCCGCAGCAACUGCUGAGGUCAAGGCGCCAGCAAAACGUGGGCGGAAGAAGAAGGCAACUACAGUGGCAGCAGAGGCAAACGCUAAGAAACAGCAGCAGCAACAACAACAACAACAGCAGCAACAGCAGCAGCAGCAACAACAACAGCAGCAACAGCAACAACAACAACAGCAGCAAGCAAUGUCGCAAUACAACAUGCCACAAAUGCCCACAGCUGCAGCGGCUGCCAGCUCUGCGGCACAUCAGCUGCAGGCGCACGCUCAAGUGUUGCACCAAGGCUUUCAGCUCUAUGCGGGUCUUAAAUCUGGCGGCGUUUCAUCGCCUGCUGCUGGCAGCUCAUCAUCAGCCACAGCAGCAGCUGCAGCCGCCGCAGCUGCAGCAGCAGCGGCCGCUGCCUCAGCGGGCACUAGCUCAUCCGUUAAUCAAACGUCUGCAGAUGCUGCAGCCAUCUCGCUGAAGACCGCCAGCGGUGGGGCUGGCAUGGUACCCGGCAGUGCCUUCAACUUUGCGCCCACGCCCAGUGCGCUGGGUCUGUACGGAGAUCAGUCGGCGGCAGCAGCUGCGAGCAGCUAUUUGGAUCAGUUCCGCGAUGCUGCACCGAAUCCCUACUAUAUGCCACCCGCGCCGGCGCACAGUGGAGCCUCAGCGAAUGCAGCGGGCAAUGCGGCGGAUAAGACACAGAACCCAUUGAAUACGGCAGCCGGUUCCUAUCCCUUUCUGGCUGCAGCGCAUCCAUCGUCUCGCGCCGCUGCUGCAGCUGCGGCCUAUCCAUUCGCUGCCUCCCAACUGGAUCCCAAUUCGCAGCUGUAUCAGCAAUAUCUGCGACGCGACGAUUUCCACGCUCGCAUGAUCUUCAAUCAAAGUCUGCUGGGCGGCCCGGCUGCUGCGGCCGCUGCAGCAGGCUAUGGCCAACCGCCGCCGCCCCCAUCUGCUUAUCGUCCCUCGGCGCUGGGCAUGACCAAGCCGUAUGAUAUCAAUCGACAAUCAUGGUUUUAGCAGUACGCCAGUGCCGCCAAUGUGGAUCUGCAGGGCGAUGACCUGAAUGCGGCUUCAGCAACGGCGGCAGCGGCGGCGGCGGCAGCAGCAGCAGCAGCAGCGACGGGGGGCGGAGCAACAGGAACAAUUGCAGCUACAGCAGCAGCGACGCCUGCAAAUUCACAGCGCUAACUGCGUUUGGUUUCAACAAAAAGUUUUCAACGUGUGCUAAAAACUGGACGAAAGGAAUACAUAUAUAUAGUACUAUAUAUAUUUCUUUGUAAUUCUCUAUAAUUUUAAAUAUUUCUAUAUUGUUUUAUAUAUGGCUAAAUUGUUGACUCGAAUUCUAGUCUUUUAGAAAUCCCGCUGACUGUUUUUUUUAUAUCGUUCAUGAAUAUUUGACUGAAUGUUUCUGUGUGUGUGUGUGUGUAUGAAUGCAUGUGUACAUUUCAAGCUCCAACUUCCCUCAUCCUGCUCUGUCACUCAACUGCCUCCAUAUAUGAUGCCUUUUUCACAUUUGUGCAAUGUUCUAAACUAAAUUCUAAACGGCGCCCAGGUUUUAGCACAGCGUUCGCAACUAAAUAUUUUAGCUGCCUUGUUUCAGGACUAAAUCUAAUUUUUUGUUACUGACAAAACACACAUAUUUGUAAUUGUUUAUAAAGUUAUUUAAGGUAGAACAAGAAUAAAUAGUUGAAGCAAAAUCGAUGAAUGCGAAAGAUUCUAAGAAUUGUUUCAAUUGCUUCCGACUAUUGUAAGCCUUUAGUUUGCAGAAUUUAAUUAAGCGUAUCGAUUGUAAAUUAGAUAUUAUUAUUACUAUUAUCAUUAU